UUGAGCUGCAGUUCAGCCUGCCUAUAUAAUCAUCAUGGCAACAAAAAAAACAGCUGGACAUACGUCAAAACCCCGCUGCUUAUUCCAUCUUGCUUUGCGCUAAACAAGUCCCUAGAGCUCAUUCUCUUUGCCUCUUUCUUUAUUUCCCUUCUCCCCUUCAAUGUCAACGAAGGAGACUUCACGCCGCACCAGAAACAAUGACCAGGGAGCAGUUUCAACGCGGAUGAGCAGUCUCAACUACUCGUCAACUGCUCUGGUUGGCACGGCGCGUGAUAAGGCGUUCGGAGUAGCGCAAGCAGCGCGAGACUUUCUUACACCUUCGUCGUUUCCUGACUGGACUGCUCCACUUACCCAUCUCGAAUCUCUCACUACGGUCAUGUUUAGCCCAUUGGCUGCACACCCGGUCUAUCAAAGCGAAUCGCUUGCCAGAGCUUUACAACUAAUGCAACAACAACAACGUCAACGUACGUCUUCAUCGCAAUCCGGCUCAACGGUGAGCUCUGAGCUCGUCCUUCAGGGAGCCCGGCAAGCUUGGCCCUCGAGCUCCGAACUGCUUAAGGCCGAGAUACCCGAAUCCAACGCACCGCUUUCGUUGUUCCAAGGCUUCGCUGCAACGUAUCCUUCGCUUGCAAACUCUAAUCCUGCACCUACUUCACACAAGCGGUCACGCAACCGACGGAAAAAGCAUGGUGGUUCGUCAAGCAGUAUUGCUGAUGGUGAGACAGGCAGAUCAUUAACACAGAAAAUUGCUGACAGGGAGCAGAAGAUGCGAGAGAGUAAUAAGUUACAGAAGCAAAAGUCUUCAACAGCAAACGAAAUCAACCAGAUCAAUAUGCAAAUAGAGGAACUCGUCAACAAACGCAAGUCAUUAGAAACGAAAUGGGCGAAACUAGAGGCAAAGGAACAGCAGCUUUUAUUGACCAUCGAUGCCCUCAAUGGAUCAAUCGUUGCUGUUGAGGAAGAUGGUCGUGACAGCGACGCGGCCAGUUCAAGAACCGGGAUACAAGACGAGGCAGAUUCGGAGGAUGAGAUAUAUGAACGUGGAACAUGCUACAAGACGCUCGAGGGACAUGCCGACGAUGUACUUUGCGUAGACUUCAACCAUCCAAAAGGCAUUCUGGUGUCAUCGUCCAUGGAUGGUACAGUAAGGGCAUGGGAUCUCCAUCGCAACCGUUGCCUUGGCAGUCUGGAAGGACACACGAGUCUAGUCCGAUGCAUGCAGCUUGACAACGCCUGUUUAUUGACCGGUUCGGAGGACGGAUCCAUCAAGCAAUGGAACUUGACUGCAAUUUCCCCCGCACCAACACCAUCAUCGACUAGCUCUGCUGCUACCUCGGCUGUUUCGAGCGGACGAAGCUCGCCCGAGUUAGCGUCUAAUGAUGACAACAUGCUCCCCGUUUUAAAUGAUUGCUGCGUUGGAAACCUUGAAGGCCACCAUGCUGAAGUGACAGCUCUAUUUUCGGAUCAAACAAUGGCGGUUUCUGGUGCCAACGAUAAAACAAUGAAACAGUGGGAUUUAGAGACACAGCAAUGUGUGUUGACUCUAGACGUAAUGUGGGCGAGCAAUUCUGCGGGCAGUGGCUCUUCCUCUUCCGGGUGGCGCGCCAUGAAAUCACUCGAUCAAUGGUCGUUGGAUGGACUACACAGCUUCUUCGAACCGAGCAACUUUGUAGGUGCACUUCAGUUCUGGAAUUUCGCUCUGGCAAGCGGUACCAUCGAUGGAAAGCUACGGAUGUGGGAUUUACGAACAGGACAGGCCCAUCGGACACUUCCUGGACACACAGGCCCCAUCACAUGCUUACAGUUUGAUGAAGUACAUCUUGUCAGCGGCAGUGCCGACAAAACAAUACGCAUUUGGGAUUUACGGACUGGUUCCGUGUUUGACACACUAAAUUAUUCAUGUCCGGUAUCGUCACUUCAGUUUGACGCAAGCCGGAUAAUCAGCUCAAAUACUACAGAGAAUAUCGAUAUUUAUAACCGGACAUCGUUCCAACAUACAACCUUACAAGGUCAUACCGGACCAGUAAAUUCCGUGCGCUUCCGCGAUGGCGUUUUAGCCAGUGGAUCCAGCGAUGGCGUGGUCAAGCUUUGGGCACUGUAAUAAACUAAUCAAUUAAUAAUAAAAAAACAGUUAGAAAAACUCGCGUGUCGUGUCGUGUUGUUUGCCGUGCUUUGUUCUGGUGACAUUUAUUAGUAAGGUGAGCAUUGAUGA